ACCCAUACAUUUGUCAUCGUCCAGAUUCUCUAGAAUCCUAGAAACGAUCAUACGAAGAGAAGAACAGAACAGGAAGAUGGGAUUGGGCAGGACCGGGCCAUCCGGGUCGGGCAACCCGGGACCGAGCGGAGAAGUCCGGCGGUUCCCAUCUGCGGCACAACCGGAGAUAAUGAGAGCAGCCGAGAAAGACGACCAGUAUGCUUCGUUUGUGUACGACGCUUGCCGCGACGCGCUUCGCCACCUCUUCGGUACCAGAGUUGCUGUAGCCUAUCAGAAUGAGACGAAACUUCUUGGGCAAAUGCUUUACUUUGUUUUGACAACCGGUUCAGGGCAGCAAACACUAGGUGAAGAGUAUUGUGACAUCACUCAGGUCGCAGGACCACUUGGACUUUCUCCCACUCCAGCGAGGCGUGCUCUUUUCAUUUUAUACCAGACAGCAAUUCCAUAUAUUGCAGAAAGAAUAAGCUCAAGAGUUGCUUCCCGUGGCAUUGUGCUUGCUGAUUCACAGUAUGAGGAACUCUACAGCAAUGAUGCCAUAGGGAGUAGUCAGGUUCAAUCUUUCAGGACAAUUGAAACUCCAUCUUCAUCAGACACAUCAGUUCCUGCAUUUUCGAGGUUGAAACAAAAGUUAAUUCAAUUCUGGUUGCACGCAGUUCAGAGAUGGCCUGCGGCGCUCCCUGUUGCUCGUGAAUUUUUGCAGUUGAUCCUCCGUGCUAACCUUAUGUUCUUCUACUUUGAAGGCCUGUAUUAUCAUAUAUCAAAACGUGCCGCGGGCAUUCGUUACGUGUUCAUCGGUAAACCAUCAAAUCAAAGGCCUAGAUACCAAAUACUUGGUGUUUUCCUUUUGAUUCAGCUUUGUAUCAUUGCUGCUGAGGGUCUGCGGCGUAGUAAUUUAUCAUCCAUUGCUAGUUCAGUUCAUCAAAUAUCCUUAGGUUCCCACCAAAAUUUCUCGGGUCGAGAUUUGCCAGUCUUAAAUGAAGAAGGCAAUGUUAUACCUAUGGAUGCUGACAAGGGUGGUAUGAUAUCAGAUUCAACAUCAACUUCAGAGUCUCAAGCAAUAACUGGGGCCAGUAAAUGCACGCUCUGCCUGAGUAAUCGCCAGCAUCCGACAGCUACAGCGUGUGGUCAUGUAUUCUGCUGGAACUGCAUUAUAGAAUGGUGCAAUGAGAAGCCCGAGUGCCCUCUCUGCCGUACUCCGAUAACCCAUUCAAGCCUCGUUUGUUUGUAUCAUUCGGAUUUCUAGCAGCAGUAGCAGUUACUUUCUUUCACUGGACUCUGUCCUUAAAUAAACCGAGAUGAAUGGAAACAAGACGACAGCAUAUAGGUUUUUUUCUUCAGUGCGGGACAUUGUUAUCAGUUGCACACAAUUCUGUAUUCUAUCGCGUUGAAAAACUGCCAUAAUUGAUUUGAAAGAGAAAUGUCCUGUUUGAUUGCUUUA